GUUAGACACUCAGAGGGAAUCAGCUCUCCUUUUGAAGUUGCUCAUCUUCUGCUCUCCUCUACUCAAGAGUCAGCAACCCACCUCAGCCAAAAUGAAUGCAAUGAAGUCAUACUCCGUAUCUGGCUACAGCUCCUCCAGCAGGAGGUCAACGGCUCCAGUCUCCAGCUACAGCGUCAGAAGAACCAGCUAUGGUGUUGGAUCUGGAAUGGGUGGCUCAGCAGGCAGUGUCAGCUACGGAUUCAGUGCUGGUUCUGGUAUGGGUGGUGGCUUUGGUGCUGGCCAGGCUGGUGGUUUCAUCACAGCACCCAUCACAGCUGUCCAGGUCAACCAGAGCCUGCUGGCUCCUCUGAACCUGGCGAUUGACCCCACAAUCCAGACUAUCCGCACCCAGGAGAAGGAGCAGAUCAAGGGUCUCAACAACCGCUUCGCCUCCUUCAUCGACAAGGUUCGUUUCUUGGAGCAACAGAACAAGAUGCUGGAGACCAAAUGGAGCCUCCUGCAGGACCAGACCGUCACGCGCUCCAACAUCGAUGGCAUGUUUGAGGCUUACAUUGCUAACCUUCGCAGACAGCUCGAUGGGCUGGGCAACGAGAAAGUCAAACUGGAUAGUGAACUGAGGAACAUGCAGGGUCUGGUUGAAGACUUCAAGAGGAAGUACGAGGAUGAAAUCAACAAGCGCGCAGCUGCUGAGAAUGAGUUUGUUCUGCUGAAGAAGGUACAGCCACUGUACAUCAAAAUUGUUCACCUGAUUAUGAAGUUCUCCAAGUAAAAUAUUGUCAG